GCUGCCACCUGGCUCGGCCCCAGACUCUCCGCGCAACGCUAAAUGCUAUGCAUUAUUGUUUUCCUUUGAUCUGCCUUCGGUAAUAUGACGCCCUCGUUAUAGGCCCUGAACGGAUCUUAGAACUCUUUGCUCUUACCAGCAAUGUUACCGCCAUCCCCGCGGCCUUGGCCGCUGCUCCUUUUCUUCCUACUCGCAUUAUGCGCCUUCGCAUCAGCCGGGAGCGAAGCGUCCGAGGACCGCGCUGGAGAGCACAUACACCAUGCGCAAGAACCACUACGAUCCGAGUCGCGCCAUCAUGUCGCGAGAGGUGCUGCCGAGUUCGACCAGGCGACCGCCCUUCUCCAUAAGAUUAAGCCUUCGACCAGCCGCCUGGCCAGCUUCAAUAAGCCCGUGGGCGCCCUAGGCUCGACUGCAUACUACGCCAAGGAACUGUUCUUCCUUCUCUUCAUGAACAGUCCACCAGAACCCGAACUCUUGCCAUCCGAGGAGCAGCCCAAGAAGCUGAGCCAGCCACUAGCCGAGGCAGUCAGGUUGCUGGAGACGGCAGCUACGCAGAACAACACGGAUGCUAUAUUCCUAUUGGCGGAGAUGAAUUUCUAUGGAAACUACACGUACCCGCGCGACUAUCGCCAGGCUCUCCGGAGAUACCAGGAACUGACAACGCUCGAUGGGAACAGCACGGCGCAACACAUGUUGGGCUUCAUGCAUGCCACAGGCAUUGGCGGGGCUGUCAAGCAGGAUCAGGCGAAGGCAAUGCUCUACCACACAUUCGCAGCCGAAGGCGGGAACAUCAGGUCGCAGAUGACCACAGCUUACAGACAUCACACCGGCAUUGCGACGCCACGGGACUGCGAGGAGGCCGUAUACUGGUACAAACAGGUCGCAGACCGGGCGGUGGCAUACAUGCGCUCCGGCCCUCCAGGUGGCCACAUGAUGUUCAAGGAAGCGUUCAGGAUUGCGGAUGAUGUUGGUGGAGUGUACGGAGAGGGCGCCAGCGUGAGCAGCUCCGGGCUGAAUGCCAGAAUCGGUGGCGCAAAUUCGGACGCUCAUGCGGCGUUUGACGAUGUACUGGAGUACCUUGAUUUGAUGUCGAGAAAGGGCGACCUCAAAGCCACCUUCAGUCUUGGAAAACUGCACUACGACGGAUCCAGAGAGCUCAAGCGGGAUCUCAAAGCGGCUAAAUCAUACUUCCUCGAAGUGGCAAGGGUGGUAUGGAAACACGACGGAAAGGUCAACGCGGAUCUGCCUUCCGGAGCCGAAAGACUUGCAGGUAAAGCAGCUGGCUACCUAGGCCGGAUGUUCCUCCGUGGCGAAGGCUUAGAACAGAACUUCAACAUCGCCCAGACAUGGUUCAGACGCGGCGUUCAACAUGGGGAUUCUCUCAGCCAAUUCUCCCUGGGACUCAUGUAUCUCGAAGGUCUCGGACUUCCAAAAGACCCCGUCCAAGCAGCAGACUACUUCGGCGCCGCGGCUGACCAAGACUAUGCACCGGCCCAUGUCCGUCUCGGAGCACUCUUCCUGGACCAAGGAGAUGUCCCUACUGCAACCAAAUACUUUGAGCUUGCUGCGCGCAACGGACACUUUGAAGCUUUCUAUUACCUCGCCGACCUCGCUGACCAAGGUGUUGGCCGCGACCAGUCCUGCGGCAUUGCCGUAACGUAUUACAAGAUUGUUGCUGAAAAGGCUGAAGCGAUUCUAUCUCCCAUCCGUGACGCUAAUUCCGCGUACGAGAAUGGUGACCUUGAAAAUGCGCUCGUCGGCUAUAUGAUGGCUGCUGAACAAGGAUUUGAAUCUGGUCAGGCGAACGUCGCCUACCUCCUGGAUCAGGCACGACCACGCAUGACUAUUGGAUCCGUGGUUAUUCCUUUCUCGCAACGCAAAGCACAAAUUGCCAAUGAUCCUGCCCUCGCGCUUAUCUAUUGGACUCGCUCCGCCAAGCAGCAAAACAUCGACUCGAUGGUCAAGAUGGGCGACUACUAUCUUGAGGGUCAGGGUACAACGGCCGACCAAGAAAAGGCGGCAGCAUGCUACCAAGCAGCAGCAGAGACAAUGCAGAGCGCGCAGGCAUUCUGGAACUUGGGCUGGAUGCACGAGAACGGCAUCGGGCUCGACCAGGACUUCCACCUGGCCAAGCGGUUUUACGACCAGGCGCUGGAGACCAACCACGAGGCAUACUUACCCGUGACUCUGGCACUCUUCAAACUGCGCGCGCGUAGUUACUGGAACACCAUCACUCAUGGACGCAUCAACUCGAUCCGCGACGAACCAGACGCCAACAAACCACGCACCUUCACCGAAUGGCUCACGGCCUUCCUCGAGGCUGAUGCGCAAGCUUACUACGAGCAGCUAGAGCAAGACGACUGGGCCGCUGACGAUGAGCCCGGCAUGCCCGGCGGCGACGAUAGCUACUACGACGAUGUCGACGAGAGCAUCCUUGAGACGCUGGUGAUUCUGGGCUUGUCGGCCGCGCUGGCGCUGCUGGUGUGGUAUCGUAACCAGGCGGCACGACAGGGACGGGAGCGACGGGAGCGCGAAGAGAGGGAGCGGCGAAGGGAGGGAGGUGCGGUGGGUGCGGGAGCCGGGGAAGGAGACAGGGGCUUUUUCCCUCGGCCGGGAGAUCCGGCGUUUGGGGAGUGGGUUGUGGGGGGCGUGGGGCAUUAGCGUAGGUAUAGGAUGAGAUGUGGAAGGGAGAAGAUGGUUGUAGGGGUGUACAUGAUCUUCGCUCUGUGUUUGCGUUUGUGUCUUGCUGGUAUGAGUGCACUGUCUGUCUGGUUCUGACUGCCUGUGCAUGUUUCUAGAGAAGCUUUGCCCUGCCCGUCUGUGUGUACCUGCUACGGCAGAUUGAUGGAUUUGGGUCUGAACGCUUGAUGCCUAUGUGUGUGUGUGUAUGCUGGCUACGUAUGAGUCGGGUCUUGUAUCUAUUCUAUCUAUGCUAUCUAUGCCGUGCU